CGCAGAAAUCAGAAUCAAAGCAAAAUUAAGAAAAAGUUUUUUUUGCACAUUAUUGUAAAAUAUUUUGUUGUUUUAAAGUACCUACCUAUCUACUCUGUACAGGUAUCGAAAUUAUAUCUAGUGGAUUACAAUAUUGUUUUCUUAAAUACUGUCGAAAGUAAUCAAAAUGGGUGGUAACAUAAUAUAUUUUGAGAACAGGAUUCUACCUAACACUGUUUACAGCAACGUAAUGAAUUUAAAGCAAGAUAUAGCACUGCAGUCUGGUAUAUCAGUAACAGAUCUGUAUGUAACCAUCAACGGUUCGCUCACCAAAGAUGAUCUCGUCUUAGAAAACUGCGAUAAAGUCGUCAGAGUGUUCACCCGACUAGUCGGAGGGAAAGGUGGUUUCGGGUCCAUGCUGCGUGCUAUCGGCGCGCAAAUCGAAAAGACCACUAAUCGAGAGGCCUGUCGUGACCUCUCUGGGCGUCGUCUACGUGACAUCAACGAGGAGAAGAGGCUGCGUAAGUGGUUAGAUGGACAGGAGGACAGGGAGCGCGAGGCAGCAGAGAAAAAACAGAAGAAAUUGGAGAGAUUGUUAGCGGAGCCCAAAAUUCAAGUGAACUUGAGUCCCGAUUAUGAGAAAGAACGUCAGGAACUACCAGAUCGAGUCAGCGCCGCUGUGGAUGCAGGCUGGCAGGCGGCGGGCUCGUCUAAAGAUGCAGUGAAGAGAAAGGCAUCCGACAAAAAACAGGUGAAGGGCAAGAAGAAGGCUAAACUUUGGAUCGAUGCGGAGCUGUCGGAUUGUUCAUCAUUUAGUGAAGACGAGGAGGAGGAGCCUAAGAAAAAUACAGGGCAGGCUGGGUCCACGGACAGCGGCAAUGAAUCCGACCGCGGUUCUGACAGUAACAAGGCUGAAUAAGCUGUACAAUAAACUCUUUUAUUUCUGGACUUAUCACGUUUAUCAAUUAUUGUGUUCAAAGUGUUUUAAUGUAUAAGAGUAAUAAUAAUAUUUAACUUUGUAGUUUGUAUUGACUUCAGUUAGAAAUUAGCAAAUGUAGAUCAAGUUAGUUCACUUACUUUUGAUAUUUUUAAAACUGCAGAAGAAUGUUUAAAAAAAUUCUU